AGUCCGAACGACCUCACGUCGUCGUCGUCGUCGUCCCGGUGGCCGAUUGGCACGGUAACAAAGCUGCAGCCUCGUCUCUCCUCGGGUCUGCGCCCAUGCACUGCCUGCCGUGAUUGGGCUUCUCGCCCCGGCGGUACUCUUCCGCGCAGCCGCGGCCCACCUCGGUCCCACGUCGCGCCAGGCCGCCAGCUACAAGUGAGCCGCGUUUUUACAGCUCCACGUCGGCUAGGCGAAAAUCAAUACGUGCUGACAGCCCAUUCAAACAAUCAAGCGCCGGCGGCCUUUCGUCUCGGAUGGGCGGAUGGGCGGAUGGGCGGAUGGGCGGGCGGCAGACACCGAGGCAUCCGGCAAAAGUGCAGCUCCUGCCAGGCCGGCUGGCACGUCGGUAUAGAGUCACAAACGCCUAGGUCUAUUCCGCUCGCCUGCACCAAUCAGAGGCGAGCUUGCCGCGCAAAUGUUCCGCCUUCGCGACUCCCCUCCUCUGAUUGGCUGGGCGCCGACAGUCACGAGGCCGUGCAGCUUACACCUGUGUCUUCCAUGUAA